AGCAUCUAUAAAACCACUCUCCAAUAUUACACUUCCACAAACCAAAUACUACUCAUAGCAAUAAAAUCUUAUACAUAUCACAACCAUCUUUCCAAAUUCAAUUACUACUAAUAAGAAGAUGAAGCAAAUCAUCUUCUUUUCACUCUUAAUACUAUCUGCUCAUAUCUUUUUCAUAACUACUUCAGCUCAAUCACCUGCAGCAGCACCUAAACCUCCAGCAAAACCUGCCCCUGCCACACCAGCUCCAGCAACAGCACCAGCGAAACCAUUAGUCCCUUCGUUACCUCAAUCACCUUCCUCCGAUUCUUCAUCCGGUCAAGACAUCAUUAAAAUCCUAAGGAAAGCUAAGUCAUUCAACACUCUAAUCCGGUUGCUGAAAACCACACAAAUCAUUAACCAAAUCAAUGCGCAACUAGUAACAACAAAAUCUGGUGGUUUAACCAUUCUUGCACCUGAUGACGGUGCUUUUUCGCAGCUCAAAGCGGGAUACUUCAAUUCCCUCGGCGAACGUCAACAGAAAGAACUGAUACAGUUUCAUGUUCUUCCUGUUUAUGUCUCGAGCUCAAAUUUUGAUUCACUAAGUAACCCUGUGCUGACGCUUGCAAGUGAUAGUCCUUCUGGUUAUCAGAUGAAUGUGACUGCUUAUGGAAACAAUGUGAAUAUUUCAACUGGUUCUGUUAAUGCUACACUCACAGGGAUUGUUUAUUCUGAUAAGACGCUUGCUAUAUAUCAUGUUGAUAAGGUGCUUAUUCCCUUGGAUUUCUCUAAGCCUAAAGCUCUAGCUCCUGCUCCUACUAUAGCAAAAGCACCUAAAGGUGCUAAGGAUUCGUCUUCCGAUGAUGAUCAGGGUGUGACAACUAAGGCCACUUCUGGUGCUAUUAUGAAUUUGAUUAGUCUUCAAGGAACAAUGUUUGUGUCCCUUUUUGUUGCUGCACUAACCAUGCUCAGUUGAUGAAGACCAACCAACUCAUUUGAAGUUCUUUUGUGUUCUUUGUUUCUUGGUUUUUGUUUUUUGUAUUGUCAUGGGAAGAAUGUUGUUUGAGAGCUUGUGAAGUGUGAAAAGUUUUCUGAUUUUGUUUAUGUAAAAACAGAAAACAUAUUGUUUUGGUGAAAGAAAGUUUACUCUAUAAACUAUAAU